CGAACCAUGGGAGCCGUCCAACCGUCCCCAAGCUCCCACUCGAGCGACCUCGUUCGCUGCUCAACCGGCGUCAGUCUCACGGAAGUUUACCCGAGGCAGACAUGGAAAAAGUUGUCAUUAUAACCGGCGCCAACAGCGGAAUCGGACGAGCCUUGUGCGAAAGGCUUCUCGCGGAGGACGUCCAGCUCCGUUUGUGUCUCGCCUGCAGAAACACGCAGCGGGCCGAGACCGCCCGCUCUGCCCUCUUGACCUCUCACCCCGAGGCCCGCGUGGACUUACUGCAGCUCGAUGUGGGUUCCGUGCAGUCAGCGCUCGCUGCUGCCCGAGAGCUCAAGGCCAGGUACAAAAGAAUUGACUUUUUGUAUCUAAAUGCAGGAAUAAUGCCCAAUCCACAAGUGGAUAUAAAAGCUUUUUUCAAGGGUUUGUUCUCAAGAAAUGCCAUCAACAUGUUUGCGACAGCACAGGGUCUUUUAACACAGCAGGACUGCCUCAACUCUGACGGUCUGCAGGAGGUUUUCGCCACAAACCUGUUUGGUCAUUUUGUCCUGGUCAGAGAGCUGGAGCCUCUUUUGUGUCAGGCGGGUCACACGUCACGUGUCGUGUGGACCUCUUCAAGUAACGCCCGCCGCACUGCCUUCAGCAUCGAGGACAUCCAGCACAGAAAUGGGACGGAGCCCUACAGCUCGUCCAAGUAUGCCUCGGACAUGCUCAGUGUGGCCCUCAAUAGACACAAGAGCAGUCAGGGGCUUUUCUCCACUGUGGUUUGUCCAGGGCUAGUGAUGACCAAUCUCACUUAUGGUAUACUUCCCUCCUUUUUCUGGACGUUCAUCAUGCCAAUCAUGUGGCUGAUCAGGAUCUUCACUAAUACAUUUACUCUUACACCAUACAACGGAGCGGGGUCACUGCACUGGUUGUUCCUUCAAAAACCGGAAUCUCUGGACCCGAGGGCAAAAUAUCACAGUUUAACAUCAGGACUUGGAGCCAACUACACAGAACCGCGGCAAAUGGACAUUGACGACAGUAUGUGCGAGGUGUUUUAUGAGAAACUGCUUCAACUGGAGAAAGACAUCAGGAGAAGUCUCCCUGACUGACCUAAAUCAACAUUAGCAUCAUGACAAUGACUUGUGUUCUAUGUCAUGGAAAGGUUCACCGAAAAUAUCAACACUGCUCUCGUUUCAUGUGUGCCUAGUGUUAAACGAGAAGUCUGCAAUGAUACUUUUUCCUCAAUCAGUAGCUGUCUUGAUUAACAGAUAUUCAAACAUCCAAUUCAAGCAAACCCAGUAAAAAGCCACCUUGGCCCGGAACAUCUCCCAACCGGUGCCUUGGUUAACACUACUGUAUAUACCAGUAAUGGAAAUGUAUAAAAUGAUCUGUUUGGACCUGGUCAAGGAGGUGACUAAUGUGUGGAAUGCUUAUACUGUAUGUUAGUGAUCUCGUUGAAAAGCAUGAAAGAGGGUGUGGAUUUAAACAUGAGCCUUGGCUUCUUUAAAUCGGUGCCACUUUUGUCAAGCGGAGUGGAUGAGCUACGUGGCAGAUUCCACACACGAAAGACAGAUGUGUUUACUCAACAUGUCCCUGCUGACCACAUGGUUGCUGCUUUUUAUAAACUCCAGAAUCCCACCUAAUCUCCGGAGCAGCUGCUACAGCAUUUUCAAAGUAGAACACUUUUUUUUUUUUUUUUUUUUUUUUUCAGACUCGACGCCAGUGGUCCUCAAACUGGGGUCAGGGGCGCCCGGGGAUCUGAGGGUUGCAAUAAUUGUCAUAUCAUUUUAAAAAGUGCAGAGAGUUCCUCCAAAACUAAAGGCUUAUUAGUGCAGGAAUAUAGUCAGUUUUUAAGAACAAAAGGUGGCAUUUUUAAAUCUAAUCCUAAUUUGGGAGAAUAAAUGUGUCUUUCAGAAUGAAAUGUGUAUUUAAAAAAAAAAAAAAAGGGCUGCAUGGUGAAAGACUGGUUAGCACAUCCGCCUUCCAGUUCUGGGGACCGAGGUUCAAAUCCCGGCCCCGCCUGUGUGGAGUUUGCAUGUUCUCCCCAUGCCUGCGUGGGUUUUCUCCGGGCACUCCGGUUUCCUCCCACGUCCCACAACCAUGCGGGGUAUAGAAGACUCUAAAUUGCCCAUAGGUGUGAAUGGUUGGUUGUUUGUAUGUGCCCUGCGAUUGGCUGGCGACCAGUUCAGGGUGUACCCCGCCUCUCGCCCAAAGAUAGCUGGGAUAGGCUCCAGCACGCCCGCGACCCGCGUGAGGAUAAGCGGAAUGGAAGAUGAAUGAAUGAAUGAAUGAAUAUUUAAAAAAAAAAAAAGAUGUGUUUUUUUUAAUUAUUUUGUUAAAAUAUGACUUUGUUUCCUCAUUAAACUUUGACUUUAUUCUUGUAAGGUUAGAACUUUGUAUCCGGACAAAAUACAUCCUGUAAAGAUUAGUUGUACUGUUACUACAUUACCGAGUGAUUACAGUGAUUCUAUAAAUUCUGUCCAAUGGCUCCCUCUCGUGGUGUGUGAUAGAAUCACUGAAUUAAAUGUUCAAAGAGUUACAGUGGUUUCAACCUUUUAAUCCUUGGCAGUGCUUUUGUUAACAAUUCAGUUGUACUUAGCAUUUAAGUGUGCAAUACAUUUUAAUUGACGCGUUAUUUGAGUACAAUAUUUUGUUGUCCUAUAUUUAAGCGCAGUGUUAUUAUUCAAACUGUGCAUAAUGAUACAGUGGUUCAACAAUAAUAUGUAUACUUUUUAGGAAUCGGGCCUACUAUGCUAUUGUAUUUAAUGGUGGUCGUUAUUGUGGGAGUCAAGUGUUUUUUGACACCUGAUUUGCUUAUGCGGGCCACAUGAAAUCACGGCGUGGGCCAGGCCUGUCCCCCGGGCCUUGAGUUUGACACCUGUGCUGUGAGGGGCUCCCUGAACCCCAAAAGUUUGUGAACCCCUGCGAUUGCAAUUGUGAUCAUGUCCGUGAAAGCUCGGUUGCAAAAAUAAAAACAAAUUGUCCAUGUUA